AUGUCACUUUGGCGUGAAAUUCAGAAUGAAAUGUUUAAACUUUGGUUUUUGGCAGAUCAAGACUUAUUAUCAGAAAAUAAUUCAUACCGACUAAAGAAUAUUGGUCAAGGUUUGAACAGAAUGCAACGUUGUCCUUCAGUUUCGCACGUCAUGCAUUCUAUUCUACACCGUGCUCAGAAAUCAGCGGGAUAUUGGAUUGGAAGUUCCGUCAUUCAUUUAGGGGACAAGAAUAUUCCUAAUGCGUUGAUGUUCAUUGAUAAGUACAAUCAAGUAUCGCGAAUACUGAACCCAAUGCUGAUAUGUCUUGAGGGUAUUCAACCCUUAACAAAUUACAAUACUGGAAUUCGUCGCUACAUAGAAGAUACUUUCGGAAGUGUCGAAGAACUCAAAAAAGGUAUUUGUGCUGAUUUUUUCCGUUUUGCUUUUGAUGGCAGUGGUGCAGACGAUGCUGGAAGUCAUAUCGAUGGACGAUUAACAAGUGCCUGGAAUUGGUACUCGCAGAUAGAAAAGAAAGGAUAUUUUCCCGUGUUUUUAUUGACAGGAUUUGUUGGUCUCGAUGGAGAAGGAUUUUAA